AUGCCCGCCGUUUCUACCGCCAGCACUAUCACCAAAGCAUCUAAGAAGAAGAGUUUCCCUAAGAAGUCGUCCACUGACAGAGGCAGCCUCAAGGAAAGUGACGCCCACAUUAGGGAAAAAAAAUUGAAGGACAAGAAGAGAAAGCGUUCUCAGAGAAAGCGUUCUACUAAGAACCCCAAGGACGUCAAGGAGGAGCCAUCCAAGGAAGACGUUUCCAAGUCCACCCCAGCUAAGCAGGUUUCCAAGCCUGUCGAGCCCACCAAGGAAAUGAAGAAGGCUAAGAGGGUGUUCCUCUCCAACGAGAGCGACUCCUACUACCCCUCCCACUUCUUCACUUUCCAGCUCAUUUUUGAGGACUUUGUGCCUCUCAACCCAGGUCAGACUUCUUACCUUGAGCUUUACUUGGCCCAAAAGAAGGAAGAAUUUCCAGAGGUUAAGGAAACUCCCGAGCCCGAGGUCAUUCAUGUUCAGCACUUGCCUGAACCAGUCAACCCAAUUCAGGAAACUCCUGAACCAGUCAACCCAAUUCAGGAAACUUUAACUGAAGCAGAGGUCUCCACUUACCCUGUCCACGCAACCCUUUUGCCCUUGGACUUUCCCGUUUUCAAGACUUGGUCGUCUUUGUCGCAGACUGAAAAGACCUACUACCCAGGCGACUUUCUCCAUUUCAGAAAGUCCCUCAAGGAAGAGGAAUCCGCAUACUUCCCCAAGGAUUUCUACUUCUGGCAGGAUGCCUGGACCGAGAAGUCGGAGAAGUCCUUCACCAUUGAGGACUUUUUCGAGUUCCGUCUCAUUCUUGACGAGCUUGUGCCUCUCAAUGCACUGAAGAAGAGAAAGGCCCCAAACACAAAGAAGGUCUUCCUCGUGGAUGACGGACACCUUUUCGUCACCGACUUCUUCAGCUUUCAGCACAUUGUUGAUGGGCUCGAGUCGCUCGAGGGUCAGUUAUCUGACUACGAUUUCUGCUUGCGUGAAGAGCACUUUGAGUUGUACUCUACUGGAGAAUCGGAACCAGAGCCAGAGCCUGUGAAGAGUCAGCCUGUGAAGACUCAGGAGGUCUACUUCCCCGAAGACUUCUGCAGCUUCUUCCAGCUCUGGACUUCCUCUCCCAAGUACAAAAAGGCUUUCCUUCCAAGCGACUUUUACUUUUGGAAGGAUACCACAAACGACGAAGACACUCCCACCUUUUUGCCAAGGGACUUUUUCCACUGGCAGGGUGUCUUUAGUGAAAAGAGCAGCGAGUCCUUUUUUCCCCAGGACUUCUGCUUUUUUCAAAGCAUUAUCGAUUCAGAGCCCUCAUCGGUUCCUGAAACCAAUGAUGAAACAAAGGCAUCCAGUCUUCCCCUGGAGUCCAACUCAUCCUCAAAGUCUGACCUAUCACUCCACUGCAAGAAGGUCAGAAGAAACUCGAUACAGUCAAAGCUUUUCGUGGUAAAGCAUCACAGCAAUAAGAGGAAGAUUCCUUAUGUCGGAAUAAUUCCCAAGGAGCUAGUCCCUCCACUUCCCCCUGCUGAUUUGGUGUAUGACCUGGAUAGCUCAGAGCAGUCUUCCAUAUUUGACUGGUUUCAGUUUGACCCUAGCAUGAGUAAUUCAGACGUUGACGCUUAUCUAGGCGAGCUAGACUGA